AUGGGCCUUUUGCGCUUCGCAUUUGCUGCGCCAAACGUCCAUCAGUCCAACUCAACACCUGAAUGGGAUGAUCCUCCAAGUUUUCGGUUGGUGGCGGUCCUUGGAUCGGUUAUUGGACUCAGCAAAUGCUACUGUGAUUGCUGCUUGUGCCUCUCCCUGUGUUCCUGCAUGAGGCGUGGGGCUGGCAACAACGAUUUGUAUUUUUGUGCCAUGAAGGAGCUCGAGCAGCGCGGUGCCACGCUGGACGUUCAAGCUGAUGGUGGUGCAACCCUGCAGGAGAAGUACUGCCAUUUGGCGCCCGCCACUGUGGCGUUUCUCUGGCAGUUCCCCCCGAGCUUUGUGUACAGCGAUGAGAUCUAUCAGAGGUUGGAGCGCUUGGUGCAGUAUUUGGCCUCCUCGUCCAGUGGUGUACAGGAGGCACGACACAUCGUGGAUUUCCGCGACGGCUCCUGGUAUCGCGAAGAUGUCUACGACUUCUUGAGGCAGCACCGCUGGUGUUUGGCAUGGCUGCACCUGAAUAACUCGACGCUCGGAGUGUUGCCAAACUUCAUCUCUCAUCGCAGCCUUUGGCGCCUGGGCCGCACCAAAGUUCGCAAGCGUUGCACUUGGAUGCUUGGCAGCCGGGAACUGGGCGGGGAGGUGGGCUACAACCCAUGA